AUGGCUACUGCUACAAAAGAAGUUUUUGAUGCUGCUGCUGAUAUAUUGGCCGUUUACAUUCCUGUUAUUGGCGCAGUGAAACAACUAGUUGGAGAAAUUUAUCAAAUUUACGAGAAUGCAGAAUGUAAUAAGGAACUUUGUUUGAUUAUGGUUGAUCGAGUAAAGGCAGCAGAAUCUUCUAUGGAUAGGAUAGUUAGAAGCGUAGAUAAGAAUAAGGAAGAUUUUCGUGAAAAAUCAUAUUAUAGAGCAUUUGAAAGAUUUAAAAAUAUUUUAACACAAAUAAAAGAAUAUACUAAGAGCGUAUCAAAGCUUAAAGGUUAUAAAAAAUUUCUUCAUGCAACCGAUGUUAAAAAUAAAUUUGAUCAAUUAAGAAAAGAUUUUGAUAAUUGUAUGGCUGAUCUGCACUUUGCUAUCGAUGUUGCUACCGCAAUUGACGAAUCUGAAAGAGUUGAUAACGCUUUAAAAGAAGUUGAUGAAUCCCUUAAACAACUUGACAUUAAACUUGAUGAAUCCUUGAAACAAGUUGGGAAUAAAUUUGAAGACUCUUACAAACAAGUCGGAGAUAAACUUGAAGGACCUAUUGAUGGUCAAAAUGAAAGCGAAUUGGCGAUCAUUCGCAAAUUAGGUCUAUCACCUCAAAUUAUCAAGUUUUAUGGUCAAGCCGAAAUUAAUAAUUCUAAAGUCAUAAUUUUUGAAUGGGCCGAGCGAGGAAAUUUAAGAGAGCUUUAUAACAAGUAUGACAUCCCUUGGACUAGAAAAAUACAAAUUGCCAAAGAAAUACUUUUUGGUCUUCUAUUUUUGCGUACUGUAAAUGUUUUCCAUCACGAUGUUAGGUGCGAAAAUAUUUUUGUACUAGGUGAUUUGAGCGUAAAACUCGGAAAUUUCGGAUGUGCGCGUGAAGUAGAUGCUAAUUCUAGAAAUCUUUCACAAUUAGCAACAUACAUUGUUCGUUGGAUGGCUCCUGAGUUAAUCAAAAAAUAUGUUAGUUAUGGUAACUAUGAAAACAAAAGAGUAUAUACAUUUAAUUGUGAAAUGUUCAGUUAUGGAAUGCUCUUAUGGGAACUUUGUUAUGAAAAGUUGCCUUAUGCUAAUUGGAAUAUUAAACAAAUAGCUGAUCAUGUUUUGAAUGCAUGGUGUCAUCAACCUGAAUUACGAAUAACUAUUCCCACUCUAAGGCAAAAGCUUGAAAAAUUAGCCAGAAAUUAUCCAAUUCCUGAUGAUGCGCCACCGCUUUUAAAAAACAAAGUAUUAGAUCUUGAUGGACUAAAAUAUGAAGAAAUUUUGCCACAAAUUGACGAUAAUCCUGAAAUUUUAGAUGAAGAUAUUCCUGACGAAGUUGCCGUUAUACAACUUAGCGAUGGUAUAAAGAUGCAUAAAGAGAAGAAAUAUCAGAAUGCAUGGGAAUGUUUCAAACAAAAUGCUGAACUUGAUAACCCAGUAGCAAAAUUCUGGUUAGGGUAUUAUUUACUUUACGGGUAUAAUGGUGAAAAGGAUCCAAUUCAAGCCAGAAAAUUUUUCAAAGAAGCUGCCGAUGAAAAUAAUCAUUCUGAAUCACAAUGUAGAUAUGCAGUGUCAUUGCUUGGUGAUCUUAACAAAGAGAGUAAUGAGACUACAAAAGAUGAACUACGCAAGGAAAUAGUUCGUUAUUUUGCAUUAGCAGCUGACAAUCUUGAUAAUCGAAAUACUGAUGCAAUGUAUUAUUUGGGUGAUAUUUACUAUUCUGGAAAACUUAGAGUAAAGAAGGAUGAAGAACGUGGGCUAAAUUAUUUGCGAUUUGCUGCCGAGGGUAAGAAUGAAAGAGCAAUUGCACUAUUAAAGAAGUUAG